AUGGUUAAAGCAACCAGUAUAAAGGACGUGGAUCAGCAUGAGGCUGUAAAGCAAAUCGCUCAUUUCCUUAAGAAAAGUGGCAAAGUAAAAAUCCCCGAGUGGUCUGAUAUCGUUAAGCUUGGUGCUAAUCGUCAGCUUGCUCCCGUUGAUCCUGACUGGUACUAUAUUCGCACCGCCAGCAUUGCUAGACGACUUUAUAUCCGAUCGCCUGCUGGAGUUGGGGCCCUACGCACAGUCUUCGGUGGAAAGAAAGGACGUGGUUCGCGACCAAAUCAUUUUGCUAAGGGAUCAGGAUCUGUGGUUCGAAAGGCCCUACAGACUCUGGAAGCCAUUAAAUGGGUUGAGAAGCACCCCGAUGGGAAAGGUCGUGUUCUUUCUAAGCAGGGACGCAAGGAUCUAGACCGUAUUGCCAGCGAGCUUCGUCAGCACGUAAAGCCUGUUGAACUCUAA